GGGAACUCAGGGAAAAAGAGUUUGUCGCGGUUCCUUCCGGGACGGGGAGGCCAGCGGGCGGGCUCCUUGGGGGCUAGGCUAGCCGUAGCCGCACGCAGCUGUCGGGGCUGCUACGCUCACCUGGACUAAGGAGUCGGUGCCAGCGCAGCUCCACACUCCUGCGGGGGGGAGUGGCGUGGUCGCCCCCUCCCGGGGGUCGUCCUCUCUAGUUCUCCUUGGACCUGGUUGGCGCUCUGAGCCUCUGCCGCGGGAAGGGGGGGAGUGCUGCUUCUGAGAAGAGGAGGACGAGGAGGAGGUGGUGCAGAGCCGGGUACUGGGGGUGGGCUCUGGGGGGAGAGGGGCUUACCCGUCCCCUCUGGGAAUAUGGCGACUGGUGGCUACCGGACCAGCAGCGGCAGCGGCGGCGGCAAUAGUACCACCACUACAGACUUCUUGGAGGAAUGGAAGGCAAAGAGGGAGAAGAUGCGAGCCAAGCACAAUCCCCAGGGUCAGAUAAUGGUCCCCUCUGGCGUGGGGGGAGGAGGAGGUGUGGGUAACGAGGGGGUCAGCAAGCUGCUGGCUGGAGCGCUGGGGGCUCCCCCCCCUUCUGCUUCGCCUGCCACCCCGGCUAACGAGUUUAACAACAAUCACCCCCCCAGCGCACCGGCACCUGCUAACCUCGCCCCCGGGGGCGGCAAUUACACCCUCACCUCCUCUUCUGUCUCAGCUCCGGCCCGAAUUUCCCCCGACCCCCGGAAAAUCGAAGAGGAGCUCCCCACCACCUCAGCGGUGGGGGGUGCUCCCGGGGCACCCCCCGUGUCACACACUGCCCCAUCGGGUAGCCGAGCCAGUCCAGAUUUGGGGGCACAAGGGCCCUCUUCAGGAGACAGGGAGGACCGGGACAAUGCCAAAGAGAGAGGGAAGAGCUCUGGCCCCAGUGCCAGAAAAAGCAAGGGGCAGAUCGAGAAGAGGAAGCUUCGGGAGAAGAGGCGAUCCACGGGAGUUGUGAAUAUUCCGGCGGCUGAGGGUCUAGAUGAAUAUGAAGAUGAUGAAGAGGGCCAAAAAGAGAGGAAAAGAGAAGAUGCUAUCACACAACAGAAUACAAAACAGAAUGAAGCUGCAACCUUAGACCCUGGGUUACAGGAAACAUCUAAGUCUCCUUCAAGUAGACACAAAAGGUUAUCGUGGUACUUCAGUAUAGAAGAGAAGAGAUGUGCAACUAUCACUCCUGAAGAUGAUUUCUCAAGUCGACACUCUCGAUCAGAAAAGAAAGGAUCUAGACACAGCAAGGAUUUACGGACAUCUCCAAAUGUAUUGGAGAGGAAAAUUGAAGAACUUGAAAGGGAGGUAGUUAAAGAGAAACAAGAAAAUCAAAAACUCCACAAAAUGAUUCAGGAUAAAGAAGAUGCAAUUGGAAAACUCAAAGAAGAAAUUGAUUUAUUAAAUAGGGACCUAGAUGACACAGAAGAUGAAAAUGAACAACUAAAGCAGGAAAACAAAACCCUUUUAAAAGUGGUUGGACAGCUGACAAGGUAGAAGAUAUCCUAGCCUCAGUGAGGAGAAUGAUUUGUAAAACUACUGAUUGAAUGUUGAGGUCAAUGCUAGGGCAAUAUUUUCCGUGCUGCAAUUCAUUAAAAUAACUAAGUGUGUAUUUAUUUCUUGGAAACUGAUGGAUGUUUAUUUUCAUAAUAUUUUUCUUUUUCAAUAUCAAUAAAAUUAAGGUAUCCACCUCAUUUCAUGAAUAAACAACAUUUUUCAGUUAUUGGAAUAGUUGAUAAGGGGCUAUAAAUUCUCUAGUUUAUGUAUUCAGAUGAUAUAUGUGGCCCAAAAUGGCUUAGAUUAUGUCUUCACCUCUCAGAUUAUCUCCCUUCCUCAAAAAAAAAAAAAAAAAGAAAGAAAGAAAGAAAACUGUUUACAUGGAUCUGAAUAUAUUUUGGGAGUUUCUUGUUUUGUUUGAGUUGUUUGAGUAGCUGUAAAGUACAGAUUCCUUAUUAGUGAUGUGUAACAUUUUUGCAUAAUGAGGACUUCACUGUGACAAAAUCUUGUUCUUGGGGGUUUAUUUUUACUUAUUCUAAGAGAUUAGAAUAGUUGGCUAGCUCAGUUCUGUAUUGCAAUCAUCUUCUUAAAGGAAAACUAAUUGUAAUUUCAUAACAGUCAGUCUCACAUAGUUGAGUUCAGUUAGGUAUGUAUAAUAUAUAUAUAUGUGUGUAUGUAUACACACAUAUAUAUAUACAUUUUAGAAAAGUACUUGAAUUGUGUGUUCCAUAGUAAAUACAAAUUUACCAUCUUGGGUCUGUAUAUUGAGAAUUUAAAGCGCUUUAACUUCUGCAAAAACGUACAAAUAUAAUGUUUAUGUAAAUGUUCUUAUGAAGUUUGUAGUUACUAUUUUUUAUUGUUUGCAGAAAGUUUAUUAGAACAUGUUUGUAAAAAGAAUGAUAAAACAACAUGUUUGUAAAAAGAAAAAAUUGAAGUUCUUUGUCUAUACACAAUUUCAGUUUAUAAUAAAAUACAUCUUCAUAACAUCUUUUUGCCUAAUAAAAAUGAAAAGUAUUUAUCUGGACUUAAACAAUUAUGGUAUUUACAUGAGCAUAAUUGUCACUAAGACCAAUGUUGAUUUUAUUCUAUAUUGCCUGUUACUUAUAUCUAGAUAAAGUCUUAUGUGGUGUAAUUUGUCCUUCUCUAAGAGAACUAGGGAUUUCUUACCCCAAAUUUGAAGCAGUUGUAUUUAUUAUUUUAAGAGCAAAUAAGAUUUUUUUUCUCUUAAAGAUUUAGAAGUUGUAAAUAUACUGUUAACUUGAUUUUAAUAGUAAUAGAAUGCUCUUUUACUCAAAUAUAUAUUUUGAAUAUUUUGGGGAUGGGUGUGUUUUAUCUAAUACUCUUUACUAGUAGCUUAGCAUUUUGAUCUGUUUGAACCUUACCACUGAUACAGAAAUUCUCUCCUGAUUUUUCUCAAUAUUUCUACCUUCUAUAUAGAUAUGUCCCAGAGUAUAUAUUAUAGAUCUAAACCAAGAGAAAGCCUUUUUGGCUACCACAUCCCCAUUUCGUUAUCUCCUAUCAUGCCUGAACUUUGUACUGAGAAUUGAAGAAGGAAUUGAGAAAGGAAAUGUUAUGCUGAUUGUGCACUAGUUUUCUUUUUACCUAAUUUUAGUUCUCCUUUAAUCUUUUAUUUCUAAGCACUGUACCUAAAAACUUGAUGUGCAAAGACAAAAGUGAAAUUGUUCCUCUCCUCAAGUUUUAUUCGAUUGGCUAGUAAAUGAAUGCUAGAUAAUUAAUAAAUUAGAGGUUAAAUAUUUCAGACCAUUGACUAGGCAAUAGGAUUGGUACUAGGUAUUAGAAAGAGACAAGAUCCACCUAUUUUCAUAAACUAAGCUAUCAGUUUUUCUGUCUUUUACCUCCACAUAGUUAUUGCUUAUUAGAAAGAAUCAUAAUAGUACAUAAAAAAUUGAACCAUCACAUUUUAUUAAUUCAGGAAAGGAUGGCACUGAGAAGAAAGGAGGAGAAGACUAAGAAGUUCAAUGGUCCAUUUUAAGUAAAGCGUUUCAAUUUUAGCAUCUGAGAGAUUUCUCUCAAUGAAUAUUUUAUAUUAAGGUUUUCUUUAAUGUUUUUUGUAGAACUUAAGUAUCUGCUUCAAUCAAAUGUAUACACUGAUUCCUAGCAGAAAAUAGGUAUUGUUCAUAGCACCAAUAUUAAAAAAAAAGAAAAAAAUACCUCCAUAGUCAAAAAUGACUGCUUCUCAAGAACAUUGAUUCAUUCGUCCAAGUGCACUGUUUUCAACAGGAUUCAAAGCAGCUACUUUCACAUAUAUUUUUUAAGGACUGCUUUGAUUUUGCUAGCUUAGCAAUCUUUCAAAUUACCUUCAACCUAACGUUCUAACAUAUGGUCUCCAUUUUCAUUUAAAAAGCAUCUUAUCGGGUAGCUAGGUGGUGCAGUGGAUAGAGCACCAGACCUGAAGCCAGGUUGGCCUGAGUUCAAAUGUGGUCUCAAAUACUUAACACUUCCUAAUUGUGUGACCCUGGGCAAGUCACUUGACCCCAAUUGCCUCAGCAAAAAAAAAAAAAAAAGGCAUCAUAUCAUAAUUGUAUGAUAAAGGGAUAUGUGAAACCCCAAAAUAAGGAAAGUCCCUUCCCCAGUAAAUCAGCACCUUUAAUUUACAUGAAAGAGUUGGUGAGGAAGAGAGAUUGAUUAACUUGGACAGAAUCCAAGAGAGUUGCCUAGAACACAGACAGGUUAAAUAAGAACCAGUGUGUGCCAGAAAUAGGAUGUGAAAGUCCCAGGUCUUCCAGACUUCAAGACCAGUUCUCCAUUUACUACAUCAUGAUGUCUUAAUUUUUUGAGACCCUUAAGGAUUUUGUUGCCUUGGUAUUAUCUUCAUAGGGGAUGGCUUAUGGUAUAUAAUUUUCUUUUCUUUUUAGUAUUUUUGUGGUGUUGGGGGGAAGGGUUAUUUGUUUUUUACAAGACAGUUAGGAUUAAAUGACUUGCUUAGGGUCACACAGCUAAUAAAUGUUAGGUGUUGGAGAACAGAUUUGAACUCAGUUUCAUCUGACUCCAGGGUCAGGUAUCCACUAUACCACCUAGCUGAACCAUAAUUUUCUUUUAAAAGACUAAUUGGUUAUCAAAUGUUGGCUUCUUGUUGACAUUUUAAAAAUUAACCUGAAUAAAUCUAUUAAAGUUUACCUCAAUACCAGUGCUGUCAAAGAGCCAUACUCCAAAGUUGUUGAAAAAGUGUGUUCAAGGAAAACUCAAGCAAAAUAUUCAUCUUUAAGGUGAAAACCUAAUUUGGGAGCAUUUGGGGCAAGAUUUUGUUAUCCAGAUUAAUCUGAUUUUGAGAUGAAGUCAUUUGGAUUUUCACUAAUGUUUCACUGUAAACAAUGCAAUUAGAUAUUGUGGAAUCAUCCAUAUUCACUACUCUGAAAUAGAUCUAUAUGCAAAGACCCUGCAGGUAUAAUGGACCAAAUCAUUUGGGCUAUAUUUUUUGAUGUAUUUUAUUCUUAAUUUAUGGAAUAAGAUAAGCAUUUCCAUAACAUAGUAUGGAGCAUAAGCUGUUGGUGAUCAUAGUCCUCUUCUAUGUACUUGACACAGCUUUUUAAAGUCAAGACCUAGGAUAUUUGUGGUCUUGUUUGAUAAUGCAUCUGUUUCAUCAAGGGAUGAAAUAUACCUUCUUAGUAUCCUUUUAGUAGUAUUAUCUAACAGAACCAAUUUUCUAAUAGUGAAAGCAGAAGAGAACUAAAUUUGAAAGUGCUGUAUGAUAAUACUUAUUUCUAGUUAGUCAAUUAAAAAAAUAGAAUUUGUUAAUAGUGGAAUUCAAGCUAGACCAUAAAAUCCCAUAAAGCCACGAUCUAUCAUACAAAAUGUAAAAGCAUAUUGGAAAUUACAAUAAUAUAUCCUAGGUCAAUGAUUUCAAUAGCACAGGCCUUUGUUUAGGAACCCUUAAGAGGAUCAACAGCUGUUAAGCAGCGUAAUUAUUCUUAAAGCUGUUUGGGGUAAGGAUAGGUUGAUUUACUUAGCUAGUAAUGUACUAUACAGUAUGUAUCAGAAGUAGACUCUAUCCCAGGUUGCUUUUGAAUAUUCCAACAAUGAUGAUUAAACUUAAUAUGUCUAUCUUCAGUAAUCCUCAUCUUUUUGUUUUAAUAUUGGUUAAAAUUUUUAACCAUACAUUUGAUUGAACAUAUAUUUACAGAAUUUACUGGGAUGUUUUGGGAAAAAAAACUCAGAUUAUGCUAAAAUAUUUUAAUUGUAUAAGGAAAUUUUAUGAUAAAAAAUUUUUAGGUUAAAAAUAGGAUCUUAUUUCCCCAAAAUUUAUUUUUAUGUCCUGAAAAUGGAUUUAUAACCAAAAAAAUUAAUUAUUUUAUAACCAUAAAAGUUAUUGUUCUGGUUUGUUAUUUUGCCUAUAUUUAAAAUUUGAAUUAUUCUUUAGUGGGAAUAAUAUUUAUCCCUUAUUAGGGGGUUACCAUUGGAAUUUUCUCCCCAAUAUUAAGGAAACAGCCUCAUGAUACUCAGGCAAGAAAGAACUAGUCAAUUAUUUGACUUGCUCUUUUCCAUUUAAGCUCGAAGCCACAUACUUCCCCAAUAGUCAAUCACUAAGAUAUACCUCAGGGACAGAAAGCACCAAAUGGACAAAGAUCCCUAUUUCUCUUUCCAAAUCUUCCCACUCUGUAUGUAUAUUCCAUUGAAUUUUCUUUAAUUUUAUCUGAAUUUGGAUACUUGAAUUAAAACAUUUGCAUCCUGUAAAUUGUGGGAAAUUAUGAGAUAUUUUCUGUCUUUUAGAAACUAUUUGGCCAGAUUCUUCCAGCAUGUAGAUUAGUGCACCUAUAACAAUUAAGCAAUCUUGCAUUGGGUGUCCAAUGGGGAUUGAGUGAUUGGUUGAUUGUUAAUAAUAGAUUUUAAAAAAAAAAAAAACAAAAAAAACAAGUGACAAUAGCACUGCCUAUGAGGGACAAAAAUUUACUUGGUCAUAGGUAUCAUCUCUAAACCCUAAAUGCCAUGUUUGCAGCCACUUGGCCAAUCGGACUGUUUGCAUUGCCUAAUCAAAACCUUUUGGAGUCUGGGUUACCUAAAUAAUUCAGGUCAUAUGAUAAACAUGCAGGUGUUAUUUACUUCAGUUCUUGCCUACAUGUUCCCAAGCACAUUCAAAAGUGUCUAAAUUAAUCAUAGAAAAUAAGUAGAGUUUUAGGAUUUUAACUAGUUGAAGGAGAUUUAAUGAAUUUAAAUUUUGUUAAGGUAGAGCUACUGUGUUGUUGGGAGAAGAGUCAUAAUAAUAAUAUUGUAACUAACAUUUCUGUAGUACUUAAUAUUUAUCAGACACUUUGCUAAGCACUUAAAAAUUAUCUUAUUUGUACCUUAUCAGAAUCCUGGAUGGUGCUUUUGUUAUUCCUGUCUGACAGAUGAGGAAACUGAGGCAAAUAAAGGUUUAGUGACUUGACCAAGAUUGCACAAUUGGUUAAGUGUCUGAAGUGAGAUUGGAAUUCAAAUAUUACUGAUUUCCAGGUGGCCACUCUUUCCAUUGUGCCACAAUUCUUGAGGGGAAAAUAAAUGAAGCUGCAAGUGUGCUUCCAACUUGAAAUAAAUAUCUUUCUAUAAUGAAUUUACUCCCCUAUCAGUAUUAAUGCUGCACUCAGGCAUUUAUAUAGAUCUGCUAUCCACAGUAUGUUAGAAACACAUAGGAAAUAUAAUCUGGUACUAGUUGAUAUUAAAAUUAUUGCUUGAAGUUCCAUAAAAAUUUCAUAACUGCUAUUCUGAAUACUCAAUGGAUUUUUUUUAAAUAAUUUUUUUUUUCUUGAAAAAUUUGGCUGCUCUAUUCAGGGUUCUGGUAAUUGCAUUAUUCUACAAAAUUUGAGCCAGAGGCUUCUGCUGCUGGUUAUGUCUACAUGAAGCCAAAAGCAUCCUUCAUGGGGAAAAAAAAAAUCUAUUCAGUGAGUCCAGAUGGUUGCUGUUGUGUAAAAACAUCUGGAUAAUUAUCUGGAUGUGCUGGUGUUCUGUAGACAUAUCCUUUGUCAUUCUUAUUGCAUAAAUCCAUCACUACAGAUUCAUUAAUUGUAUCAGAAUUCAUUUAAAUUUUUAUGCAUGUAAAAAGUUGUGUCAUUCAAGAGUUAAAUUUUCAUUUUCAUUUUGAACACUAGUUAAUUUCAUUUCUUCUAGUAAAAUAAUGAAAAUUGUUACCAUCUUUGGGGUUUAGCUUCUAAGCCCCAACAAGAAGUUACUUGUGAAAUAAAAGAAUAGUGCUAAUAUAAUAAAAUUUUCUCUCUUUUGUACUAAAA